ACACCCAACAGCUUCUCUUGGCAGACUCUCCCAAAAGUCUCACACCAAGUAGCCUCUCCCAGGACUCUCACACUGAGUAGCCUCAUAUAAGACUGUCAUGCUAAGCAGCUUCUCCCAGGACUUUCACACUAACCAGCCUCUCCCAGGAUUGACACACUAACCACCCUCUUCCAGGACUCUCCCACUGAGCUGUCUCACCCAGGACUCUCACAUUGAGCAACCUCUCCUUGGAGUCUCACACUGAAUUGCUUCUUCCUGAACUCUUAUAUUGAAUUGCCUCUUCCUGGACUCUCACACUGAGCAGCAUCUCCUUGGAUUUUUUCCUCUUAUCAGCCUUUGCCUGGACUUUUUUUCUGAGCAUCCUGUCACAGGACCCACAUACUUUGUAGCCCCUACUAGGAUUAACUCAUGAUGACCUCACCCCAUGAUCAAUACAUGCUGCAGCCUCUGCUGGUUAUGUCUCUUGAUGGAACCUCUACCAAUCCCAACAAGUGUUUUCUGAGCCCAAUCCAUGCAGGUCUUUUCCAUAUCCAACCCAUGCAUAAGCCUUUUCUUUGGCUCAUCCCAAACGCAAGCCUAGACCUGGAACUCAAAACUCUACCAUAGAUCCAACUCACUCCCAAGCUUCUCAGGAUACAACUCAGGAUACUUUUUGCAGGAGAAUUAUCCAUUUGGGUAGAGACAUUUCCACUUGUGGCUCAGGGUCUGCCGGCUGAGAGCUUUGUGACCAAGGCUGGGUUAAGGUGAUCUCCAGAAAGAUGCUGAGGUGUCAGUUGGUCUUCAUCCUGGUAUCCCUGUCCUGCACUGCUCAGGAAGGGAGAGGGGGCUAUGGAGUGAAUAUGUUUUCGAUCCAAACAUCUCAGCCGGAUCCCUGCUAUGAUGAGAACGGCAACCCAAGAAGGUGUAUCCCUGACUUUGUGAACUCAGCCUUUGGCAAAGAGGUAAAGGUGUCCAGUACAUGUGGGAAGCCCCCGUCGAGAUACUGCGUGGUGACUGAGAAAGGUGAAGACCGAUUCCGGAAUUGUCACAUUUGCAAUAUGUCAGACGCCAAAAGGGCUCAUCCACCUUCCUUCUUAACUGACCUCAACAAUCCGCACAACUUGACUUGCUGGCAGUCAGAGAACUAUAUCCAGUACCCCCAAAACGUCACACUGACCCUUUCUCUAGGGAAGAAGUUUGAGGUCACUUAUGUGAGUCUCCAAUUUUGUUCUCCGAGACCUGAAUCCAUGGCUAUCUUUAAAUCUAUGGACUAUGGCAAGUCAUGGGUUCCAUUUCAGUUCUACUCAACCCAGUGCAGAAAAAUGUACAACAAACCCAAUAAAGCCAUCAUCACCAAGCAGAAUGAACAGGAGGCUAUUUGCACAGACUCCCACACAGACAUGCACCCUCUCUCUGGGGGCUUGAUAGCCUUCAGCACCUUGGAUGGUAGACCGUCUGCUCAUGACUUUGACAAUUCCCCUGUCCUCCAAGACUGGGUGACAGCCACAGACAUCAAGGUAGCAUUCAGCCGACUUCACACUUUUGGGGACGAGAAUGAAGAUGACUCGGAACUGGCCAGAGACUCGUAUUUUUAUGCUGUUUCAGACCUCCAGGUGGGGGGUCGGUGCAAGUGUAAUGGCCAUGCUUCUAGGUGUGUCAAGGACAGAGAUGACAACUUGGUGUGCGACUGCAAACACAACACAGCGGGGCCCGAAUGUGACCGAUGUAAACCGUUUCACUAUGACCGACCUUGGCAGCGAGCAACAGCAAGAGAAGCCAACGAGUGUGUGGCCUGUAACUGCAACCUGCACGCCCGGCGGUGCCGAUUCAACAUGGAAUUAUUCAAACUGUCAGGUCGGCGUAGUGGAGGCGUCUGUCUAAACUGCCGGCAUAACACGGCUGGGCGGCACUGCCACUACUGCAAGGAGGGUUACUACCGUGAUAUGACCAAGCCUAUCACCCACAGAAAGGCAUGCAAAGCCUGCGAUUGCCAUCCAGUGGGUGCAGCCGGCAAAACCUGUAAUCAGACCACGGGGCAGUGUCCUUGCAAAGAUGGUGUGACUGGCAUAACGUGCAAUAGAUGUGCCAAGGGCUACCAACAAAGCCGCUCGCCCAUUGCCCCCUGCAUAAAGAUUCCUGUUGUCCCCCCUACAACAGCGGCCAGCAGCACAGAGGAACCAGCAGACUGUGACACCUACUGCAAGGCAUCCAAGGGCAAGCUAAAGAUCAACAUGAAGAAAUACUGCAAGAAAGAUUAUGCUGUGCAGAUACAUAUCCUUAAAGCAGACAAGGCAGGAGACUGGUGGAAGUUCACGGUCAACGUAAUCUCCGUCUACAAACAGGGCACCAACCGCAUACGGCGAGGGGACCAGAAUCUGUGGAUCCGCUCCAAGGACAUAGCGUGCAAAUGCCCCAAACUGAAGCCCAUGAAGAAGUACCUGCUCCUAGGCAACGAUGAGGAUUCGCCCGACCAGAACGGUGUGGUGGCAGAUAAGACCAGCUUGGUUAUUCAGUGGCGGGACACAUGGGCAAGGAGGCUGAGGAAGUUCCAGCAGAGAGAAAAGAAAGGCAAAUGCAAGAAAGCCUAGGGGGAAAAGGGGCGAGCAGACGACAGUGGCCCUCAGAAGAGAAGAAAGUAGAUGCACAAGAGAGGACCGUAACUGCUGCUUGCUGUAGAUCCCAAGCAGAUAGAAUAUUCCAUUAGAAACAGUUUUUUCCCCUUAUUUUUUUUUUGUUUUUAUUUUUUCUUUCCCAGAAAGAAGGUGAUAAUUUGCAUUUCCCUGUUGGUGUUGGGAGGGAAAGAGAAGAAUCGUUAGAGGGUCACUUUUUUAUACGUGAGACUGACACGUUUGCACCUAAUAUGUAGAGUUAUUCACAGACACACAAGCACGUGGAAUAGAGAAGGGGAGGCCGGUGUGUGUGUGGGGGGGGGGGAGACGUGUCCCACAGAGUUAUGGCUCAGCUUCUUUCAUGCACCUGUUACUUAUCUCUCUCCAUGAGAAUCCAUCGCUGGCCAAACAGCCCAGAGGGUUAUAUCCUGGGCACCAACCAGCUACAGUGCUCUGACUCUAGGGUUCCCUUACUUUUGGUCUUCCUCUUAAGUUUUGGGCAGGAAAGCAAUGGACAGCCCCCCCUCACUCUCUAUUGCCCAUUUAAGGGUUGCAAGUACUAGGUUUGGAGCCUAGGCGAGAGAGAUUAAAGGUAAAGCCUAACAUUUAAAGUCUGUAUAUCAUUGGAAUAACGUUUUUUUUACGAGAACGUCUUUAUCUUGUGUUUUUGUAUGUCUGGUAACCCCCUACAGCCCCCCUGCUGUACAUAGCAUUAUACAGAGGCAUUUUGCAGUAUUACCUGGUCAGUGUUGGGUGACAGGUACUAGCAGAGUGUAUGUAUAUAUAUAUAUAUAUAUAUAUAUAUAUAUAUAUAUAUAUAUAUGUACUGGAGAGUACUUAUUGCUAUAGAGACACAGAUGUCCAGUACCAAUGCACAUUGGUAAUGUGGAUCUCAGUGCGAUUCCUUCCACGGGCACCAGUUUUCCGGGGCAUCGCCUUAGGGAUAAGAGGUUUAUUUUUAUAUUUUUUAGUUUAACCCUAUUCCCUCCCUAGUGAUAUUCCUUCCUCAAUAAAACCAAACACAUCUGGUUAUUCUUCAGGCAGAGCUGAGCACAGAGGGUUAAGUGACCAAUGCACCUCCAGACACUUCUGCACAAUUCUCUCACUUCUGGGCAGCUGCUGUACAGGAGAGGACUGUGCAGAGAACUAUGAAGACGAUUCCAGCAUCACCCCUAGGGGCAGGCCAGCAUGGUGUACUGUGUAAAUGCACCAUAUUAGCAGUGUUAAACUGCUAAUAUCACAAAACCUAAUUUCUGAUUCAUUUUGCAUGCUUUACUUUCCAUUUACAUGCACAAAGUAUGACUCAUGAACGUACAUAAUUGUGAUGACUAUUUACAUUUCGACUUUUAUUUUGUUGCACCCUGCAAGCCCUCUCCUUUGUCUUCACCAGAAUACAGGGAAUUGUAGUUCCAUGGUAGCUGCAGAGAAGGGCACAGUCUACAGAAAUGAAUAUUUUCCUUUCCCCGCUCCGCAGAGAUCAGGGAAGGGCUAAUUGGUGUUUGUUUUGGCACCAAGAGGGGAUGUUAAUGUGUUGGUGCGGAGGGUCGGGAUGUUGGAAUAUUCGCCACUACCUUCCAGGCCAAGCCCCUGACAGUAAAUCAGAAGUAGUGCAUGACCCCAGAACUUCACAGCUCAGUGAGUUCAGUGCUAAUUGGGUUCCCGGCAUGGCAGGACGGCUAAUGACUGUAGGUAACGGAUACAGUGCACAUCUGUACAGUACAGGGCUCGUACAUUUGCUACUUGUUCCUUCCCCGGCUCCUAAUCCUCUCCCUCUCUUUGCUCAUUUCAUUUGUAGGGAUUAUUUUGGGGUGAAGCCUCCAUGUCUGGGGUCAAACUAUAACCCACGGGUAGUCUUUCAUAUAUUUGCAUGUGUAUAGCUGUAAUUGCCUGUUAUUUCUAUGUUACUUUCACACAUCAGGUUAUUGGGGGUGGCGUAUCAAUCCUAUAAUGGUGCACUAAGGUAUUCCUGAAAUGAUUGAAAGCAGCAUGACCCAAUGUUAAGCCACACUGAUUUCUGCUGUAAUACACAUGGUACAGGUACCAAGAACAGCCAAUCCCCCAUUGAGCAUCUUCAAGAACCACCAAUCCCCCAGUGAGCACCUGCUGAGAACAGCCAAUUCAGCAGUGAGCACCUCCCAAAAAUGGUUUCCACCUGUGCCUACAACAGCCAAUCCCCUGAAAUUCACAGUGUGUUUGUGGAGUUCUGUACAUGCAGUGUGUAUAAAGGAAUGAUGUGGUUCCUCUGAUCUGACCAAUCAGCACCUACUGGUUCUACUUGAUCCAACUGGUGUCAAAAUCAUCAGUGUAAGAAAAUGCAUUUGAUCUUAGUACAGUAGCUUUGCUAUGGGGUCUAUUAUCCAGAAUGUUUUGAGGGGGGGGGGGGUUGGAUUUCCACAUAAGGGGUCUUUCUCCCUUCAUUCCCAACACAUAGUUGUUUUGCCAGUGAGGGUUAAUGGUUGGGAACUGGGCACUUCCCCCUGGUGCAGCGGUUACUAAUAUUGACACAUGAUCUCAGCUGGCACUGGGCCUUCCCAGGAAUACAAACAAACAGAGCCGGCAGGUGUCCCGCUAGGAUUUCAGAAGUCUGAAUUUAAGAUCCGGUGGGGGGAAAGGAAAGUGGGAGAAAAAUGCCGCAUUCACAUUGGCUGAUGCUUAAUUAAAAGUAAUAAGGUGUCAUCAGUGCUGAGUUAGGGGCCCUGAGUCUUUAAUCUACAAGAUUGUUUUAUUCUACCCCCUUCCUUCUCCUUGUGCUUCUAUACACUUGUCCUUAUAGGGAACGCAAUGGUGGGGCCAAGUCCAUAUAAUAAUUGUGGGGCCGCCUGUUUAGCACCAACAUCUUCCACCAGUGGGACCCUGGGGUGGGUUUCCUCACAUUCAAGCAGGUUAGUUGGCCGGGGUCCUGAGUUCCAUUGUGUAUUCUGCAUGUGUUCCAGUUCACUGGUUUAUUAUAACUUAAUGGGGUUGUUCAACUUUAAAUUAACUUUUAGUACGAUGUAGAGAGUGAUAUUCUGAGACAGAUUGCAAUUGGUUUUCAUUUUUUAUUAUUUGUGGCUUUUGAGUUAUUUAGCUUUUUAUUC